GUGCGUUUGUUUCCAAUUUUCGGCAAUCUGUACGAACUUCGUGCGUUUGUUGGUGCGCGUCGGAAAAACUUGCUGCCAAGCGAGAAAGCUUGUGGGAAAGUAAGAGAAAACCCCAAUUCGGUAACGAAGGAAAGAGAGGAAAAGGUGAACAGUCGCAGGAAAAAUCAUUCACAUUCGUGCAAACAGUAACGCGUUUGAAAUUUUCCGCGUGCCAAUCGUAAGGUGAAAGUUAGCGUGUCCAGAAAAACAAACGACGAACAAAACCGUUCCUGUGAGACACUUGUCUCCGGCAUCUGUUACCUCCCGCUCAAGGCAAAGCCCAAACCAACAUCCCAAAUUUGCCGGAAUGGCUGCUGCACCUGUUAUCAUUCCAUCGGUAGCGAAGCACACAUCAACGCUAAUCUUCCUUCAUGGCCUUGGCGAUACCGGUCACGGUUGGGCCACCUCGAUGGGAUCGCUCCGUACGCCAGACAUGAAGGUAAUUUGUCCGACCGCACCGAACAUGCCGGUUACGAUGAAUGGUGGAUUUCGGUUGAACUCGUGGUUCGAUCUCAAAUCCAUCUCGAUUAGCGACCCGGAAGAUGAGGAAGGUAUCAAGAAGGCGACCCGUUACGUUCACGAGCUCAUCCAGAGUGAAAUGAAGGCCGGCAUUACCUCGAACCGGAUCAUGCUCGGUGGGUUCUCGCAGGGUGGCGCCCUUGCCCUGUACGCGGGGCUUACGUUUGCGGAACCGUUGGCCGGUGUGAUGGCCCUUUCCUGUUGGUUGCCAUUGCACAAAAGCUUCCCGAGUGUACGAAAGUGUCCCGAUAUUGUGCCGAUCCUUCAAUGCCAUGGUGACUGUGAUCCUAUCGUGUUCUACAAGUUUGGUCAAUUAUCGUCCAGUGUGUUGAAAUCGUUCAUGAAGAACUCGCACUUUCAAACGUACCAAGGGCUGGGCCACAGCUCCUGUGAUGCAGAAUUGAGCGAUAUGAAGAAAUUCAUCGAUGAUCAUGUUCCUCGCCAGUGAAGUGUCGCUGUAUCGACAUUUUAUCCAUCUGGACCACCAAUACGGUGUCCUUAUUUGCAGAUUGUUCGCUUACAUUCGUCAAACCGUACGUAAGAGGGUAUAUAUUUGCGUGAUGGGAAAGUAGAAAAAAGGCAUACUAAUAGCAUCCAAAUGUAGUAUCGGUUGUUUUUUCAAAAUGUUCACAUUCUGUUAAUGCAAAUUUGUAACUUAUGUAAACUCGAGGAUGAAAACAAAACAAAUCAACUGCAAAAAAAAAAGUUUAACAUACCGCGAUUUAACGCAUUAAUGUAGUACGCGUAAGCAAUGUGAAAACAAAAAGCAAGCAAAACGUUAAAAAACAACCCUAAAAUUACCCAGGAUGCGUCGUCGAAAGCAAUCAUAAGCAGUAGGUGAAAAGAUGAAAAGCCAAAAGAUGAAAGGUUAAACUAUCCUUUUAAAAAAACGGACUGCAAAACAAUACAGAAACUGAGUCAAUGUUUAAAAAACACGAUUUUCCUGCACUGUUUGCGUAGCGGCGUAUGCUUGUGGUGGAAUAGAAACACACAAAAGCCAACUGUAAAAUCCCCAGAUAAAUAAAGAUUCCGCCGGCAGCAAACGGCGGGAGCUCUUAUCGCUUGCAUUGCGUGACACUGGAGAGUAGAGCGGGCUGAUAAACUACUUACUAUUAGCAUUUGUGUAGACUUUGCCAUCACGUUAUAGAUAAAAGAAAAGUACUCUCGAUACAAAUAACAAAUUAAACCCUUAUGCGUGAUAAUGGCCCAAACGAUGUGGCGGGCUCAAACAAACGAAAAGGUAUACAGGGGACAUGGGAAAAGCUAUGAGCAGCUACGAUUAAAACAAAACAAGAAGCAAAAGUAUUGAAAUUGUGCAGAAUUGGUACGCAAUCUAUAACUAGCGUCCUAUAAGCGUAUACAGUAC